CGCUGGUCAGAGAGAGAGGGAGGGAGGAGGGGGUUUCUCUGCUCGAGUAAUGGCGGCGUCCGUGUACGGGUCCCGCACUCUGAGUAAGGACGAUGGCCGUUACCGCACACAUUUCCGCAUGAUCAACGAGCAGCAGGUGGAGGACAUCACCAUCGAGUUCUUCUACAAGCCUCACACCAUUACCCUGCUGACCUGCACCGUGCUCAGCCUCAUGUACUUCGCCUUUACGAGAGAUGAUGGGAAUCAAGACAGCAAUCUUCGUGUAGGACUUAUCGUGAUUAUCUCCUUUUUCUCCGUCAUCAGUGUCCUUGCCUUUCCAAACGGUCCUUUUACAAGGCCACACCCAGCGAUAUGGCGAAUAGUGUUUGGUUUAAGCGUGCUCUACUUCCUGUUCCUGGUCUUCAUUAUAUUCCUGAACUGGGAGCAGGUGAAGGGGCUGAUGUACUGGCUGGACCCAAACCUCCGCUACGCCAAGCGGGAGGCUGACAUCAUGGAGUAUGCUGUGAACUGUCAUGUGAUCACGUGGGAGCGAAUCCUGAGUCAUUUUGAUAUCUUCGCGUUCAGCCAUUUCUGGGGUUGGGGCAUGAAGGCCUUGCUGAUCCGCAGCUACGGUCUCUGCUGGACCAUCAGCAUCACGUGGGAGCUGACUGAGCUCUUCUUCAUGCACCUCCUACCUAACUUUGCGGAGUGCUGGUGGGAUCAAGUGAUCCUGGAUAUCCUGCUGUGUAACGGCGGAGGGAUCUGGCUCGGCAUGACCGUGUGUCGCUUCCUGGAGAUACGCACGUACCACUGGGCCAGCAUCAAGGACAUCCACACCACCACUGGGAAGAUCAAGCGUGCUGUGCUGCAGUUCACACCGGCCAGCUGGACCUACGUGCGCUGGUUUGACCCCAAAUCCUCUUUCCAGAGAGUAGCUGGAGUUUACCUAUUCAUGAUCAUCUGGCAGUUGACGGAGCUGAACACCUUCUUCCUGAAGCACAUCUUUGUUUUCCCAGCAUGCCACGCUCUGAGCUGGGGCCGCAUCCUCUUCAUCGGCAUCAUCACCGCCCCCACUGUGAGGCAGUACUACGCCUAUCUCACAGAUACGCAGUGUAAAAGAGUCGGGACGCAGUGCUGGGUGUUUGGAGCCAUUGCUUUCCUCGAGGCUUUAGCGUGUGUUAAGUUUGGACAGGACUUGUUCUCCAAGACACAGAUCCUCUACGUCAUUCUCUGGCUCCUGUGUGUGGCCUUCAUCACGUUCCUGUGCCUGUACGGGAUGGUGUGGUACGCCGAGACUUACGGGCCCAGAGAGAAGAGUUUGUCGGAGUGUGAGGACAGCGUUUACACAGAGACCACAGACAACGUGAGUGUGAAAGAGUCGGACUCUGUGGUGCCUCCCACCACCAGGAGGAGAGGGAAAAGUUCCGGAAACAACAGACCCGUCAACGGAGUGAAGAAAUAAACUCCAAACUCCAUCCUGCAGGAACCCGAGGAAGGAUGAAUAGAAGGAAAGAAAGUGAACGUUUUGCACAAACAGCGCUCCAAAAACGUUGGAGGGAAUGUCAGGAUGAGACGGCUGUGUCUUUGCUCCUGGAUUUGGUCAGUGUUGAGCCACCAGGUGGCGCUGCAGGGGUAACGAGGUGAAAAAAACAGCACUGAGGUUCAUGUUCGGUGGAGAAACUUUUAGUUCUGUUUUUCCCAUUGCAGUAUUGUCUCUGUGUAUCCCGUGUCUGCGAUACCAACAGACACACGCGUGUGUGAGGUGUGUGCCGAUAUAUUCACGUUUCCAUAUUGUCACGAUUAAAAGCUAACAGUUAAUCACAGUUUAUAUCACACAUUGUUAACAAGCAAGCCAUGCAAGGCUCUUUUAUUUCCAAAUGUUUCCGUUAACACACAUCACUAACUCUAAAACUUUAUUGUUAUUAUAAUCAAUAUUCAUAUCCAGCAUUCCAGAACAAUACUUUAAUAAUAAGAGGUGGGGCCAAUGGAGAAGGGUGGAGCCUAUGGAGGAAGGGUGGGGCUUAGGGGAAUGCCCAACCUCAUAACAUUCCAUGUAGUUAAAGACUGGCUCGUGUUUCUAGAUAACAGGAACCACUUCUACUACUGAGCUUUUGGCUAAAAGAAAGCGAAAACUUCCAGCUAUUCACGUACAUUUGGCACUGAUGCGUUACUUUAAAAUUAUUUCAGCAUCAGAUUGGUUCUCUUUAACAGUACAGUCCUGACACAGAUAUCGUUGAUUAUAUCACACGACAGAUUAUCGGCACACACCUAGAGCAGAGCACACGGUUCAAACACUUUGCUUUAGCAUUGACUGAUUUAGCCCACUUCAUUUCAACUUUUAUGUUUGAUGAUGAUGAUGAUGAUGAUGAUGAUGAUGAGGAGGAGGAGGAGGAGGAGGAGGAGGAGGAUCGCUGCUAACUCGUGUCCAUUACCUCCAGACCGCUGAUGCCAGUAUCCACGUUUCUGUUCAUUCUUGAAGCCUCUAACAUACAGAUGUGCCUGCAUGAGUGUGUGUGUGUGUCUCAUAUCUGACUUAUAGCCUAACAAUAUAAGGUGUUGAUGUCUACAAUUUCAGAGUGUUUAGUAGAUUAUUCCUGUAGUUUUUCUUGCCACCUGACGUCCCUGACCACGAUCCCGCUGGGGUCCGAGUCCAUCUUGAGUUUAAAUGCUACACCAAACAUGUGCCAUGACACACUGAUGCACAUUAACACACCUUACACUGACAUCAUGAACACUUUAAAUGAUCGUCGCUACCCUGCGUGUUCCUUCAGAGUGCAAGGAUGACCUUCUUAAUAAAAAAAUAAAUAAAAAUAGGACUUUCUACAAUUUCUAUUGAUAAUAAUUCUGAAUAUUGUAAAUUGUCAUGCUGUUAUCAUGAUGUGAAUUUAAUUUAAUAUCAGCGCACACACACGUAUUUUGUCUGAAGUUGUUUACACAAUUAGGAAUCUGCUGAUAUUAAAGCUCCACAUCAUGAUACGAAUCAUUUAGACCGGUUCAUGAUAUAAUCAGAGCACACUGCCUUACUAAAGUCUAAUCCUCGUGAUCCUGCCUUCGGGUUUUGUUUAUUUUAAAAUAACAUUACUGUAAUUUUAACUGCAUUAUGAGAAGACACACAAAUGGAGUGAUUUCCGUCUAGUGAAUCAUAAUUGAUUCAGCUCGCCAGUAAGAGUCGACUCUUUUUCGGCUCCCAAGCGAAUCCUAGUUAUUAUUUUUUUUCUUGAAAGGUUUACAAUAUUUACUACACCAUUGAUUGUUCUUAUGAUGCCUGAUACAAUUGUGUGUAAUUUUAUCUGCCUUCUAAUCCCAAGAGUCGAAAAAUAGCGAUACUCUUCAAAGUGAGUCGAUUCGUUUGCAAAAAAACACGACACAUCACUGCAACUUGAAUUCAGUUUGAUCAGCUGAUCUGAGAAAAACAUCAUCAAGUGGCGUGAUGGUUGGGAUUUCAUUUAAAAAAUCGCACAAUAUAAUAAUCUGCCUUACUUGUCAUGGGGUAGAUAUAUUUAUAUAGGGUUUAAAAAUGAUCUCCUUGAGUCGAGUCCACGUCUAGCAGUUCAGAUCUCGUAAUCAGAACAAUAACUGGAAAGUUAUUCCAUGUAACAUCCACCAGUUAGUUCUGGACUUUAGCCAGUAGGUGUACAGGUUUUUUUGUUUUGUUUUGUUGGGGGGGGUAUCUUUUUUGUCAUGUUAACCUUGAUUUCAGAUCAGAAUGCACUUUUUCACCAUCCUCCAUCCUUCAGCAUCAUCCAGCCUCUCAGCACAAUCCCACUUUUUGACAGAAAUGGUGAAUAAAGAAAGCCUGACACGUUUCUGUGCACAAGCUCCUGCACAUUUCUAUAUUCCUAAUGACUUCCUGAUAACUUUUAAAUGUUUCUAUGGGAUUUCCACAGCGGUGUGUGUGUACUGAUGUAGAUCUGUGUGUGAUUGUUUGGAGAGUCCAUGCGUUUUCUGAUUAAAACAAACUUCAACCUGUGAA